AUGUUUAAAAAUGAAGAAAUGUUAGUUGACAAUUGGAACGGUGAUGACUUGAUGGAAAUUAUGAAGCUACCUCGGGUGUGGGAAAAAUUAGACAUCGGGAUAGAAAUACAAGAACUUCAAUUAAAUCGAAUCGACGAGGUUCUUAAUUUGAUUAAGGAGAACUAUAUUUAUGAAGAACCCCUUAUGCAUGGCUGUCAGUUGUACCUUGAUGAUGAAUCUGUAGAACAGUACAUGUAUUUGUCGCGGUUUUGGAUAAUGGAUACUAUGUCCACCGUCGCCGUGGAUACGGAGACAGGCAAAGUAGUUGGAUUUUUGAUUUGUCGUUUUAAUGAGCUGUUUAAUGCCGAUGACUUAUACAGCAAAAAAAGGCUCUACCAAGGCAUUGGGUCAAAAUUAUUAGAGGUUGCUAUGUUCAAACAACUGCCCGAAUUUGAGUGGUUCGACACGAACGUGAUUGUCGCCAUUUUUACUAGCAAAUCUAGUCAAGAUUACGCUGAAUCCAUGGGUAUGGAAACCCUUUACGAGUUUAUGUAUGCCGGAUGGGUAUCCAAAAAUGCAUGGGGCGAAGAAGUGGCAUUUUUUAGCGAAAUGCAACCAGGAAAUUAUGUGGCCAAGGUGAUGGGUAGGAGAGUAGGGCCUCCUCUCGCCAUACGAUCCAUUAAUGACUUUGAAAGUGAGAUGGGUUCAGUUGACAAGCCCAAUGGCAAACAUAAAGGCGAUCAGGCCAAGGAAGAGGACGAAAAAGUUCAGGACGAAGCAUUCGAAAGAAACGAAUAA